GCGCAUGCGCAUUCGGGACCAUGUUCUGGAGCAUAAUCAACAGUCGCGUCCGGGCAUUAAAUAAAUAGACUAUAUGGAGGACCUCAAAAAAUCCCUGAAGAUGCCGCUGUUUGGAAAUACAUUCAGUCCGAAGAAGAUUCCUCCUCGGAAAUCUGCAUCUCUGUCCAGCCUGCAUACGUUGGAUCGAUCAACAAGAGAAGUGGAGCUCGGUCUUGAGUAUGGACCUCCUACAAUGAACAUUGGAGGCCAGAGCUGGAAAUUUGAAGAAGGACAAUGGAUAACAGAAUCUGGUGGAAAUAUGUCUAGUAGAGAAAUGGUGCGGCUCAGGAAAAGAAAUGUGCAGCUAGAGGAAGAAAACAACCUCCUGAAAUUGAAGAUAGAAGUCCUAAUGGACAUGCUGACUGAAGCUACAGUAGAGUUUCACCUGAUGGAGAAAGAAGUUGAUGAUCUAAAGACUCAACAUCAAAGAAAGAAAUGAC